AUGAAAAGAGGGGGUCAGACACGCAAAUGGUCACCAGCAGGGGGAUCCAAAUGGCCCAAGAGCCUCCAGAGCAAAGCUGUGUCACCCAAAGCCAUCUCAUGGUCGGACACUGAGGAUGGAGAUCUUAGACAUGAUAACAGUGAUGAUGCAGACCAGACUUAUAACCCAGAGCUCAACAAUAAUGAUGACCCAUUGAGAGUAAAAAUUGAAGGUCUAGAGCACAUGACAAUUCUUCAGGUUCUGAAUCUGGCCUUUAACAACAUUGAACAUCUACCAGUGUGGCUGGCAAAGAAGCUCCGAUCACUUCAGACCAUAAACCUCCAGAACAACAAGAUAUUCUCGCUUCAUGAGGUGAUUACACUGAAGCCGUUGAGUCUGACAUUAGCAGAGAACCCUGUUUCCAGUCUGCCCCACUACCACUUCUUCCUGAUCUUCCAUCUGAGGUCACUGGAGAUAUUAUAUGGACAGCCCAUUAGUCCGCAGGAACAAGAGCAAGCACAUCAGCGCAUUCACAUGGAGGAGGUUGAGUGUUUGGAGCAAGAGCUUGAGGUUAGAGCUGAGGAGAUUGCAAGGCUUCAGAGAGAGCAGGUUGCAGCACUGGAAGAACUGGAUUGGCAGGAAGCAGUCAAUCAAAGCCUGAGGCAUCAGAAUCAGGAGCAGCAUCAGUCCCAUGAGCAGCUUAGGAGAGAACUGGACACAAAGAAUGAACUGCUGAAGCAGAAAACAGUGGAGUUGACCCGGGCCUGUCAGAAGCACUAUGAGUUGGAACAGGAGUUGGCUUUUCACAAAAUAGAUGCGAAGUUUGAACCUCUUCCAUUUAGUCCAGACCCUAAGGUGGAGAUAGAGAACCUAAAUGAGAGUCCAUAUAUAGGAAAGGCUCAUCAGAAAAGAAACAUCACAUCCACAUCAGAGAGCAUUGAUUCACAAGACCAACAGCAGCUACUCUCAGUGGAUCUGACAGAGACAGACAACCUAAGAGAAGAUGACAUGCUCAGACAUGCCCAACUCAGAGCUAAAGAGCGAUUACACCAUUUACAUAAAGAAAUCAAGGACAAAGAACAGCAAAUCCUCCGAGCCAUUGAAGAACUCCGACAGCUAGAGGAGACAGUUUCUCAUAGACGGAUCUGUGAAGCGGAGAAGGAUCAGCUCAGGCAGGAACUUCAGAGGAGGAUACAGAAGCUGGGAGAGCUGAGAGGAGAGAUGGAGACCCUGAAGAGACAGCUGGACAGACAGAGUUCAGAGAGGAAUCAAGCCCAGGAUGAAAUGGACCAGCUGCAGAGUCUGUUGCACAGCCUGGAUCCCAGUGACCCCAAACAUGAGGAGAGUGACUCCUUUAAAAAGAGGGUAGAUACUCUUCAGAGUGAUUUGGAGCAGGUCAGGAACAAGUUUCUGUGCCCAGAGCGUGUGGUUAAUCAUUUAGAAGAGCUGAGAAGAGGCAUAGCUACAGGACAAGAGGGACAGAGACUUGAAGACCUUGGUGAAGCUGUGAAUAAGAGUGUCGUGGAGUUGCAACAGGAGCUGCAUCAUGUGGUAUCUGCUGCUCAGAGAGAUAGAGACGAGGCCCAGCGCAGUCAGGACAGACUCACCGGAGAGAUGAGGUCCCUCAAAGAGAGACUCAGGAAGUACCAAGAGAGAUACCAGGUGGAACAGACUCAGGAGUCAGCAGAGAGGCGGGGUGAGGAGUCGGAGCUCCGCAGAUUGAGGGAGGAGCUAGAAGACGCUCAUGAGCAGCAGUACUUGGUGCUGCAACGUGUGGAGGAAACAGAAAUCGAAAGGGAUCGCCUGCUUACUGAAUUAGAAGAACAGGAUAAACAGAUGAAGGCUGAGGAGACUCAGACUCAGGAACAGAUUGAGUCUCUCAAACUGGAGUUGCAGGCACUCAGGAGAUCUUUCUCCACUGCUGACAGAAUGGCUGCUCAACAACUAAAUGCAGCAAAAGAAAAACAUCACAGUACUGUGGAGAAAAUUCAUGUGGAGAAAGCAGUGAAUGCAGAAGAGUUGGAGUGCACCAGGAUCCAGGCAGCUCAAGCCAUGCAGGAUCUGGCUCAUGCCGAAGCAGAGAUCCAGGUUCUUCAGAGGCUUUUGAGUGAUAAGGCUCAUGAGACAGAUGGGCAUCCCCACGGUGUCCCAAACUCCAGCAUUCAACAUCAAGAACUGGACAGAUUAAGCCAAACCCUGAAAAGACAACAGGCCCAGACCAAACGCUUUAGAGAUAGACUAGCUCAAGCCAAAGAAGUUAACAAUGGCAGCCUGGAAGAGCUGCAGGAAGAGAUUGGAGCCCUGAGGGAGACUCUGAUGCAACAGAAUAACUAUCUGUCCAGUUUAGGAUAUCCCAUGCCAAACACAGGAUAUUGGUUCUAUGUAUCACCUACUGAAAUUGCUCCUAGUCUGGGAUCUCAGGGCACACAUGACUCAGGAUUGGGCUCUGUGCAUCCUCAUUCCCCUGAGAGAGGCCGGCAGUCCAGCCAGAGAGCACACAGGGAGAGAAGACCCCUUCUUAAUGGAGGAUACUGGGUCUACUCCCCACAUCCACAUACUCAUGGAAGGAGAGAUGCUCAGAUGUGCAGAGACAGUGGAAGAGAGAGUGAUAUGGAGGGUGUGUCUGGGCCACGCUUCACUCCUCCCUCAGGUUCUGCUGCAUUAACUCAACCUGAUGGUACUGCUCUUCCUCCAGGCUCAGUUAUCUACAGUCGCCCUGUAUCUGGCCUUCCCAUUGGCUCAAGUACAUUCCUUUAUGGGCCGCCCCUUGAUGGAGCCUGGAUGGUGUACGGGCCCGCUCCCAGCAAUCUUACUAUACCCCUGGUGCCCAAUGGAACACUGCACUGUAAUGUGCCUGGACAUCAGGACUUGGAGCGAGAUCUGAAGCAGGCGGAGUGCAAAAUGAAAGAGGAGUGGGCUGAUAGAGCCAACGGUGAGAAAGAGCAGCUCACACUGCAGGAAGAGACAGCAGAGUUACAGCAGGAAAUCAAACACCUGCGCAGGACUGUCCACACACUGAGGCGCCACACGUUAAGUUUGCAAGAAAGCCCCAUCUCUCUUGCAGAAGAGGAACAGUGUGUGUAGGGAGAAGUGGAGUGUGUGGAGAAGACUCUAAUGAAGCGCAGAGCAGAGCUCAGAGAGGCUGACAGACUGCUGCUAGAGGCCGAGAUGGAGCUCAGAGACACAAGAGUCAAGACUAAAGAGAACAUGCAGUGCUAUUAUGAGGCCAGGAGUCAGGUGGGAGAGAUGGAGCGAGAGCUGAUGGAGAUUGAACAGAGAACUCAAGACAGCGCCAAACAGCUGGUGCACACCAAACAUCAACUCAGGAAUCUUCAAGAGGAAGUUAUGGAGCUGCAAAAGAGUAAACAGGACCAAGAACAAACUUUACAAGAAGUAAAAGAGGUACUGGCGUGUCAAGAUGCAAAGUUUCAAGAAGUCAACAGAAAGCUGGAAAAAACGACUGACAGACUGGAGGUCACUCAGAAGGAGCUCAAAGAGACCCAGAGCAUUGAGGCAAAACUCUUGCAGAGCUGCAGAGAGACAGAGAACAGCCUAACACAACGGCAAACAGAACUGGACAAAAUCAGCACUCAGGUGGUGUUGCAGCAGAAGGAACUGUCUUUUUUGGACAGAAAGCUGGGACAGUGGAAACAGGAGGAGGAGGUGCUAAGGGUUAGUGUGGAGCAGCACAGGCAGGGCCUGCUAGAUGUACUCAGAAAGGGAGAGGAGAACGUGCACAGCUUGCACCAGAGAAUUCAGGAGCUCUUUGGGGAUGUGCAGUCUUUGGCUGUGCAGAAGGGAGAGCUGGACUCUGAGUUGUCCAAGAGGAAGAGCAGACUGGCUCAGUAUAAGAAAGAUCAACAACAAGAAGAGGAAACCCUGCAGAACUUCUGUUCAGCCAUCAACAAACACAAAGCAGAGCUGAAGCACAUGUUAGAAAUGGUCCAGUUGGAGACUGGUGAACUAGAGGGGGUGAAGAUUCAGCAUAACCAGAAAUUAGACCAACUGGAGAAGAACCAGGAAACUCUACUACAGGUGCGUGUAGAACUUCAGCGUGUUCAGCAGGAGUUGCAGGAGCAGUGUGGAGAGGCUGAGAGACAGUCGAUCCUGCUGGAGAAAGAGAGAGCAGAGCUGCAUGCUCUACAGCAGAAGAGCCUCGAUCUGCAACAGCAAACAGACGCAGCAGUCAGAGAGAGAAGCAGUCGGCAGGAACAGUUCAGAAACCUGGAGGCCAGACGUAUACAUGCUCAGAGGUGUUUGGAGGCAUCAGAGAAGGCAGCGAAGGCAGCAGAAACAGAGCUGCUCAAACGACAGGCUGAGCUCGACAAACACACACAAGACCUCCGACAGGAGAUCAGCAGAGACGCUGCAGCCACACGGGAGCAGCUAGAGGAAGGGUUGAACAGACUCAAGAAACAGCUUGUGGAAUCUCAGACUCAGUUAGAUGAGAUCAGAGAGGAGGUGAAGGCUGCGAGGAGGCAGCGAGAAGAGCUCGUCAAGCAGCAGAAGGAAAAAAAGGCAGAAUUGCAGGAGAGAGAGGAGAAGAUCAGGAGGAGACAACAGAAGCUGGACAAACUGGGGCAGCAACUGCAGGAGUUUAAGGCAAAAGUAGCCAAGAAACAGACUCAGCUAGAAGAACAUGAAAAGCUGGUCAGGGUUCAGCAGCAGCAGAGUUUUGAUCUGGAGCAGCAGCAGAGGCUGAAGCAGCAGAAGCUGCAGGCACAGAGAGCUCUGGCCCUGAGGAUGGACAGAAGGGAGCCGCUCACAGCUGCAGCAGCAGAAAUGGACCCGAAGAGUGACACUCUGCAGAGGGAGCACAAUCAGUGCACUGUGCUGCAAGAGCAAGUGGCUAAGCUGGAGCAAGAGGUGUGUGAGAAGGACAUCAGGCUACAGGCUGCUGUAGAGGAGACACAUCACCUGCAGGAGGCUCUGCUGUCUAAGAGGACCAGCGCUGAGGGUUGUCUGGAGGCUCUGAGGAACCACACCCACACAGACAGACAAAAACGUCAAGGAGUAGAGAAGGAGCGUUUAUGGCUCCAAAGGGAACUGCUAACUGUGGAAAAGGCUGCUCAAGAAAACCAUAAACAAGCCAGAAGGCUGCAGGAACAGCUCAGCACCAUUUCCCAAGAGCUGCUCUGCCUCCCAGACAUGCUGCAGAGCCAAGAGGAGAGCAGGGCUCGGCUAUGUGAGAUUAAGGACACCAUGCACUCUGUAAGGUCACAGGUGACAGCUGAGCUGGACAGGAAGCUCAAGUCGCACUCGAGCGCCUCCUCAGACACAGACAGCCUGAAAGAAAACAGUCCCUGUAUUAAGCUCACCUUGUGGAAACCAGCCUACAACACUAAGGAUGAGCAGUGGCGAGGGGAAGCACUUAGAGAAAGACUGAGGCAGCAGGAGGACCACCUGAAGGUUCAGCUGCGCAGAUGCAUGUUCUCCCAGCAGGAGGCUCUGACUCAGCGCAGACUACAGACUGAAGGCAGCAUUGAGGGUCUUCGCAGACACGUCGACAAGCUGGACCAGCUCCUCUGCAACUCUACCAAAGACGACUCCGAUUUGAGUGACAAGGAACCCACAAGGUGGACUUCCUGCUCUCUGCAAAGCCACUAAACAGACCUGUGCCGGCCCCUAACAGAGCCUAGAUAAGUUUCAGCUUUCUUUGAACCAAUAAAUAUGUACACUUUCCAUAUACAAAUGAGAAAACUGAAACUUGAGGUAAAAGUACAGUGAAGGUUCACUCUCUACCUCAGUUAGGUUCUGUUGCUGUAGAGAUGAAAGCCAUUUGUAGACAUUUUUAGAAUUUAAUUAUUUUAACACCAACACUGUGAUGUGCCUUUUUCGAUAUAUAUACUUGUACUAGGCAAUUGCUUUGAGAAUAUUUAAUGUUUACAUGUAAAACAACAGGGGUAGUGAAGGUUUCAGGUUUCAUCAUGCGAGUUCAUUCAUUUACGCUUUCAGUCGUUUAGUACUCAUGUUAUUGACUGUACAUAAUGCUCUGAGAUGCUAAAUGAAUGAUUUUGUAUUUAUAUUUUUUUAACAUGACUAUCAAAAAUGACCUUGUAUUCAAAGUCAAGAUAUGAAGAGUAUUUAUUACAACACUUCUUAUAAUAUGCAGUUUGUCUAAAAUCAAAUACAACUUAAAAUGAGUGCAAUAAAAUUAUUUUGUCA